AUGCCCAUUUCGUCUGUGCUUUCUACUGUUUGCGCUGACCUGGAGCUGCCGUCGAUAUCCCAGGUUCAAACUCGAUUCCCUAUUGACGUCCCUUGGUACAAUCAUCACGCUGCAGAACGACCGUUGUUAGGCAGUGACAAAUUACCUGCUCUUACUUUUCCUCACACACAGCCGCUCUCCGCUUCGGGUCGAACGGGUUCUCAAGACUCGUCGAUAUUGACAACGUCGUCGAGUGGCUCAAAUAGCGCCGGUGCUGUGGUCAGCUAUUUUCCUCAGGGCCCUACGGGCGAGGCCAAGAACCCUCCUCCUUCGUCCACCGACGGAGCAGGUGGGGUUCCUUCCCGAUAUUCCCUGGAGUCUACUAGCCAGCCGGAUUACAUCGCUGGAGGGACUGUGAGUGACGGAUAUAGCCACAGCCAAACAUCCCUUGGAAAUAUGAAUCAGACACAGCCUUACCUGGAUGUACAUACAUCACAUUUGUCGUCCGCACAACCAUACUCAUCCCACGGAACUCCCGCAACAGGGAUACCGCCUUACCAGUAUUCCCAGCCUCCAGUUCUGCAAUCUGGUUCCUCCUACUCCUCGACUGGCAGUUCAUCCUAUCCUUCAUAUGGGUAUUCUAAUGGUGUUAACUCUCCACAAUCGGCUACUCAGGCGGUCACAAAUGCCCUGACAGCCCAUGUACCCGCUCAAAUACUACCCUUACCUGCAAUGACUGCAAAUACUCCCAGCUCUCACGCAUAUAUGCCAGGUCCCAGUAGCCAUGGUCAGUCAUAUUUGACUCAUACGUUCGAUACUACCGGUCAAAUACCACCUCCUGGUGCAAAACCGAGGGUUACAGCAACAUUAUGGGAAGACGAGGGAAGCCUGUGUUUUCAAGUGGAGGCCAAAGGCGUUUGCGUUGCCCGGCGAGAAGACAACCAAAUGAUCAACGGUACGAAGUUGCUCAACGUUGCUGGCAUGACAAGAGGAAGACGAGAUGGUAUUUUGAAGAGCGAGAAGGUCCGCAACGUGGUGAAGAUCGGACCAAUGCAUCUAAAGGGCGUUUGGAUCCCGUUUGAACGUGCUUUAGAAUUUGCAAAUAAAGAAAAGAUAACAGAGGAUCUUUACCCAUUGUUUGUACAUGAAAUCUCAGCGCUACUUUACCCGCAUCCUACCAAUCCGCCCAGCAGAGGUGGCGCUCUCACAACUAGGAAUGAUCAGAGACGUUUUGAAACUAGCCAGACUUCUCGAUCAUCCCAUGGAGGACAACCCUCACCUUUGCAUCAUCAUCAUUCAAUGCACGCUCCGCUUACAUCCCAUUUAUCCCAGCCUCCUCAUUCCAUUGGCUCCCAUUCUGGGUCGGCUCGUCCUGGGUUAGAUCGUUCUCAUACAUUCCCCACUCCCCCAACCAGCGCAUCCAGUUUAAUCGGCAUUGGAAACCACGGCGGCUCCUAUGAAUGGCCGCCACAAAGUAUGGGAAGUAGCGUCCAGAGCUCACAAGCUCUUUCAAUCGACACGGGUUUGACGACUGCAAGAUCGAUACCAACGACACCCGCGACGACACCCCCGGGUGCGAACCUGCAGAGCAUGCAGUCUUAUCAUCAAGGUCAGCAGAGCUAUGACAGUUCUAAAUCCUACUAUUCUGCAGCCCCUACAUCGCAAGCGCAGUAUGCAUCACACCACGCCCUAACCCAGCAGAGUAAUAUGUCGAGGUAUGGACAGUCAAUAUCCACGAACCCUUAUAUCAAACAUUCAAUGGGACCUCCGUCGGGACGGACGGAAGUGACAAGCGAGCCAAUUCCCAAUGAAACCAGGGCUGACCAAUAUUCUCACAGCCAGGGAAACGGACAGGUGAGCCAUGGACCGGGUGAGGGAGAGGCAGAUCAUGACAAUGAAUCCGAGUAUAUCAACGACAACAAUACUGCUUACAGUGCCAACCGUGGCUCAUAUACAUACACCACAAAUCCGAGUGCAACAAGCCUCUCGGGUGAGCACCCUCACCUCUCUCCUGAGCUGACGGAUUCCACAUCUCACCAAAAUGGCUCCGAUAACAGGAUCACAGCACGGACCAGCACCCAAUCACACUGGCAACCAGGAUACCCUACUCCACCACGACCCGCGCCGCCUUCCAGUAAUCUUUACAAUGUAAUGAGUGAUACCCGUGGUGCUGCUACCAAUGGAACAACAGGAGACUCAUACUCCACCUCCUCAAACGGCCCAUCAGCCUACCCGUCAUUAAAUGGUUCUGGAAAACGCAUGCGCGAUGACGACGAGCAAGAUCAAACUCCUCUCUCCGAAACCCAGAAUGGCGACAGCACCUAUGACCAUAAACGUCGGAAACCCUUGGUCGAUAACGUUGGUGGGCCUGUGGGUGGCACAGCGCUUGGUAUGCCCAACGUGAAAGCAGCCGUUGUUCCUCGCCGUCGAUAG